AUGGACGACCGCACCAUAGACCUGAUCUUCGCGGGCUCGCUCAAGUUGCUUCCACCGGUCAGCUCGAAGAUCGUGAGGAUCUUCACCAGCUCUACCUUCACAGACACCACGAUGGAGAGGAACACACUGAUGGCCAAGUGCUACCCUCGUAUCAAGGACUACUGCAGGGAGAAACAUGGACUGGAGUUCCAAGUGGUGGACAUGAGAUGGGGUGUCAGAGACGAAGCCACAGACGACCACAUGACCACAGAGCUGUGUAUGAGGGAGAUCAAGAACUGCCAGCGGUUGUCCAUGGGACCCAACUUCGUGGUGUUUCUGGGACAGAAAUAUGGUUACAGGCCCAUACCCACCUACGUCCUCUCAUCCGAACUCCAAAUGCUCCGAGAUGAACUUGCAGCGGGAGGAGUCGACGUCAUCCUCCUCGACACUUGGUACAAAAAGGACUCAAACGCUGUACCUCCGGUGUCAGUUCUGCAGCCCAUCUCAUCUAUACUGAUCAAUUUCAACAACAAGAGAGUACCAAAACUCCAAGCAGAGGACCAGGCAGUCUGGUGGGACACGCUGUGCAAGAUGCAGAAGCUGUUUCGCAAGGCCUCGUCCCAGCUGUACGCUGCUGGCAAGAUGGAUAAAGACGCCAUGCACAACUACUUUAUGUCUGUGACGGAGCGCGAAGUAAUCAACGGGGUGCUCAACGUAAAGAACACCAAGAACCAUUGCUUAGCCUACGUGCGGUACAUCAACAACAUCAACCUUCAAAACCUGAAGAAGGCCAGCAAUUUCGUGGACAUCCUCAACAGGAGUUUGGAUUCGGAGGCAUCUAAGCUGCUGGCAGAUUUGAGAGACGUCAGACUGCCAGAGAAGAUUGAGACGACUAAUAUACAAAAAUACACAGUCGAGUGGAUCGGCCGAGAAGGUCUGGACAACGAAACCCACGGAGAAUACCUCAACCACUUUAUUACCCAUUUCUACAAGAACAUCAUCAAACUUGUAGACCGAGCAAUGCGUAAAGAAGACAGCAGCGCCCAGGGCCAGAUCGUGACGGAGAUCCUUCAGCACCUGCAUGCCUGCAACAACUCCGUCAAGGUGUUCCACGGCAGAGACGACGAUUUGAAGUUCGUGGAGAACUACAUGAAGAACAACUCUGAGAAACCUCUUGUGCUGUAUGGAGAAGGUGGCUGUGGCAAGACCAGUCUUCUCUCCAAGAGCGCAGCCAUGUGCCUGGACACCUGGUUCGCCGACGUCCGCCCUACCAAUAUCAUCAGGUUUCUUGGAACCACUCCAGAUUCCAGUGCUCUGACUCCUACGCUGAUAUCCAUUUGUCAACAGAUAUCAUACAACUUCGCUCUACCCUUCGAGGGGAUCCCAGAUGACUUGGUGCCCCUCACGGCACACUUCAAGCAGUUGCUGACGAUGGCCACACAGCAGCAGCCACUGCUGCUCUUCAUGGAUUCGGUUGACCAGCUGACUGGAAUUGGCACUGAAAAUAACAAAGUAUCGUGGCUUCCAACAAGAUUACCGCCGCAUUGCAAGAUAAUAGUGACCUGUGCUCGCGAGGAGGCCAACCCUGAGGUGUCGAAGGAGUACGAGGUGUUGCGGCGCAUGAUAGACUCCGACGAGAACUUUCUAGAAGUCACGGCACUUGGGGAGGAACUUGCUAUGCAGGUGUUGAAAUUAUGGAUGGCAUCAGCUGCUCGCGACUUGAACAAUUACCAGUGGAGGCUGGUCUCCAACGCCAUCGCCUCUUGUUCUCUGCCCAUCUUCGUCAAGCUGGUUUUUGCUGAGGUAUGCAGAUGGAGAAGCUAUACCAAACCCACGGACACUCAUCUAGCAUCAACUGUUAUGGACUCCAUCAUGAUGCUAUUUGAAAGGAUUGAAAAGCAGCAUGGCCGUCUACUGGUCUUCCACGCUCUGGCGUACAUCACAGCAGCUCGCAGCGGCCUGUCGGAGACAGAACUUGAAGAUCUGAUCAGUUUAGAUGACAAAGUGCUGGAUGAUGUGUACCAGUACCAUCUGCCUCCUGUGAGGAGAAUCCCUCCUUUACUGUGGACCAGAAUCCGCAACGAUCUUCCCAACUACUUGUCUGAGCGCGAAGCAGAUGGGGUCUCCGUGAUGAACUGGUACCACAGGCAGUUCCGCGACACAGCGCGCGAGAGGUACUUCAAGAAUAUGAACAUGGCCAUGUACUUUCACUCCAUGAUCGCUGACUAUUAUCUUGAUCAGGUCAACCUGAUCUUCUGGCUGUUCCGCAACCACAAUUACUUGGCCGACAAGCUGCACGAGCUCAACCCUUGCUGGGGCGACGAAAAAGUCUCGAUUUCAUAA